CUUCCCUCGGAAAGCCCGCGCCUGCAACUUUGGGGCGCUCCAGCCGUUUCUCUGGAGCUGCAGUGUGGGGGACGUGUAUUCUGUGAUACCCGAGAGCAUGUGGGCUUUCGUAGUCUUUUUUUUUUUUUUUUUUUUAGGGGUCACCGAAAGUGAACUUUUUCUUUAGUUUUACGUUCGAAGGUUUGGGUGGAAAAGAAAAGGCGCAGGCAGCGCAGUUUCCGGAGGACAGGGACUGCGUAGAGCAACCAGGAAGCAGCAGGGCUGGGAGUUGUUCCCGGUUCCCGCUGUGCUGUGGGGACUUCUUCACAGGGUCCCUGCGCCGAGGCCGGGCGCCUUUGGCGAGUCCCGCUCUGAGCGCUAGAACCCGGCUCCGGCCGGCCGUGCCCGAGCUGCCAUGUCUUCCGACUUCGAAGGGUACGAGCAGGACUUCGCAGUGCUCACUGCUGAAAUCACCAGCAAGAUUGCCAGGGUCCCUCGGCUCCCUCCCGAUGAGAAGAAGCAAAUGGUUGCCAAUGUGGAGAAACAGCUUGAAGAGGCCAGAGAACUGCUUGAACAGAUGGAUUUGGAAGUUCGAGAAAUUCCACCCCAAAGUCGAGGAAUGUAUAGCAACAGAAUGAGAAGCUACAAGCAAGAAAUGGGGAAACUGGAAACGGAUUUUAAAAGGUCACGGAUCGCCUACAGUGACGAAGUACGGAAUGAGCUCCUAGGGGAUGCUGGGAAUUCCUCCGAGAACCAGAGGGCACAUCUGCUGGAUAACACGGAGAGGCUGGAAAGGUCAUCUCGGAGACUAGAGGCUGGGUACCAGAUAGCAGUGGAGACCGAGCAAAUCGGCCAAGAGAUGUUGGAAAACCUGAGUCAUGACAGAGAAAAGAUACAGCGGGCACGUGACCGACUCCGGGAUGCAGAUGCAAACCUGGGGAAGAGCUCUCGGAUUCUGACGGGGAUGCUGCGAAGAAUCAUCCAGAACCGUAUCCUGCUCGUCAUCUUGGGGAUCAUCGUGGUCAUCGCCAUCCUGACGGCCAUCACGUUUUUCGUCAAAGGACACUGAUGCAUCUGGUCCCCCUUGAUAAACAGUGAUCUUGGCUUGUUCCGAGUAAUUAAGACAAAAUGGUCACAUGAAUCAUUCUUUCGUGCUGACAGGCCCCGAGUGACCCUCUGUCUCUCCCUUACCACUGUUGAGCUGAGUGCAGAGAGUGUAAAAGCAUCUUUCUAUUCCUGUCUGCAUGUGGGUUGGUUUCCUUUCUGAGGUUGGUCUUUGCCCAGAUAUGUCGUUUUUUUUAUAGGUAAAGGUGAAUGCUUAUUUGCCUUUAGGUAGCUUCAUCUGCUGUCCAAAAUAGCUUUGGUAACAUCCUUCCUUGCCUUGUGGACAUGCCUGGGGUCACGGUCUGAGAGAGGCCGUGAUGACUCAGUCACAGUAGCUUCUUUUUGUCACGUACCUCUCUUUACCAGACAGUCCUUCUGUGCUGUCCAUGGAUAAAAUGCCAGAAAAAUCAGAGGCCAGAGCCAGUGAUCAGCUCCAGGUCAGCCUCGCCCUUUCCCAGCAUAAUGAGUUUGGCGAUCCUGCCCAGGCAACUUCAUUGCAAAGGGGCAGGAUUUACUGUCUCUUGUCCAGAGAAAUAACUUGGCCCUUUCCCUAGAUUUUUAUUGCAUACAUAUGUAUGUGUAUGUAUAUUUUGCCCACACACGUGUAUGUGUAUGUAUAUUUUGCCCAAGAGUUUUGGUUUUUGUUUUUGCUGAAGCUGCUCAAUGCCUCCUUUUCCCAGCUUUGGUUACUGGCAACAAGAAAUAGUCCCUCGCCUUCCCCAAAAGCCGUUCUCCCCAGAACUUGCUGGCAGCGUGAGAAUUGGCACAGAAUUUAAUUGUGACCACA